AUUUACCACGCUUACCGUUAUAAGAGCGCAUUACAAAUUUAGUGUCGGCUGAUUUGACCACGGAGAUCCGAGUGUCGGCUGGCUUGACCGCAGUCAUAAACAGACGGUACUUUCGGAUGAAAACCGGGUUGUAGCUUGUUGUCUACCUUCCUACGGUUAGAUAGAGCUGCCUAUUGUACCUGAAUGUGAUAACAGUGGACCCUGGAGAUGAUGUCAUUCUACCAUGUCAGGCUGCUGCUGUAGAGUGGACCAGACCUGACCUGGAGCCAGAUAUCGUCCUCUUCUCCAUCGAUGGACACCUGGAUCCGACCCAACAGCAUCCAUCCUUUAAGGGCAGGGUGGAGCUGGUGGACAGAGAUCUGAAGGACGGAGACGUGUCUUUAACGUUGAAGAAUGUGAGAACAACAACGACACUGGAACAUACGAGUGUCGAGUUGUAACUGAUGAUUCAAGACAUAAAAAGACAGCCAUCAGUGACCUUGAACCAAUCAGAACCCUCCGUCUGCAGGGUACAGAGCUAGCAGACAGGAUUGUGCUAACUCCGCCCUGGAGAUGAUGACCCACCCUCUCGUGAAAAAGCCGACCAGACCAACGAGCAUACUCUUUGCUGCCCCUGCUUCUCCCAGACUGCCUACCAACCCCUCACUAGUCCAGCAUCGGGGAAACCCAACGCAUCAAGAGAGAGAAGAGUGUCGGGAUACAGAGACAACAGAAGAUCACCUCUCUCUCAGACCUCAUGGCUCCAUUUCUACUCCUGUUGAUCCUUCUCUCCGAAGCAGCUUCUGACCUGAUUGUGGUAACGGUGCACUCUGGAGAUGAUGUCAUUCUACCAUGUCAGGCUGAUGGUUCCUCCAUCAGAGCUGUAGAGUGGACCAGACCUGACCUGAAGCCACCAGAGUACGUCCUCUUCUCCAUCGAUGGACACCUGGAUCCAACCCACCAGCAUCCAUCCUUUAAGGACAGGGUGGAGCUGGUGGACAGAGAUCUGAAGGACGGAGACGUGUCUUUAAUUCUGAUGAAUGUGAGCAGACACGACGCUGAAACAUACGAGUGUCGAGUUGUAACUGAUGAUUCAAGACGUAAAAAGAGAGCCAUCAGUGACUCUGAGCCAAUCGGAACCCUCCGUCUGCAGGUUACAGAGCCAGAUGAGAUUGAGGUAACAGUGGACCCUGGAGAUGAUGUCAUUCUGCCAUGUCAGGCUCCUGGUUCCUCCAUCAGAGCUGUAGAGUGGACCAGACGUGACCUGAAGACACCAGAGUAUGUCCUCUUUUACAGUGAUGGAUACUUGGAUCCAACCCACCAGCAUCCAUCCUUUAAGGACAGGGUGGAGCUGGUGGACAGAGAUCUGAAGGACGGAGACGUGUCUUUAACUCUGAAGAAUGUGAGCAGCAUCGACAACGGGACAUACGAGUGUCGAGUUGCAUCAGCUGGUUCAAGACGUAGAAAGAAAGGCAUCAUUGACUCUGAGCCAAUCAGAAUCAUCCGUCUGCAGGUUAGAGACCCAGCAGGUCCUGAGGAUAGAAACUCCUCUUCUGUAGUCCUCAUCGUUGGACUGGCAGCAGGUGUUCUGGUUCUUGUAGCUGCUGCAGUGGUUGGUGUCCUGAUGUAUAGAAGACGUAAGAACAUGAGAUCAAGACAGCCUGCUGCUGAUGAAGCAUCAGCCGAUACUCUCGUCUGACAUCUCCCAGAGCUCUUAACACCUGACUGCUUUCUCAUGUGUUGUAAAUAUUCAACACUUUUUCUUUCUGCAGAUGUGUUUGCACAUCUGCUGUUUGUUUUUUCUCAACCAAUCUCUUCCCUCUAUGAAUCCCACAUACUUUUUUUUUUUCAAGUAAAAGUUAACAUACUUUUAAAGACAAUAAUAAUAUCCCCCCUCUGUGAAUCUCCACCUUAUCGUUGCCUGGAUUGUUUAUUCUUUAAUAAACAUACUUACCUUCCACUCCAAA